CCCGACGACCAAGCCGCUCGACGACUUGGUUUCACAGCUAGGCAUGCACUAAUGAGGCUUCGUUGCACCAAUGGAAUUUGGUCCCGUGUGGGAUGAACGGUCAACAUGCAGUUUCGCUGCGGCUUUGAACCUAAUGAUGCACGCGACGAUAUUGGCGACACGGGAGAGUACAUAGUCUCGGAACUCACACCGGCUAACAGUGGUGCAGUUCAGGAAUCCCUUCAUAUAACCGCGAGGGCACUCGCCAUUUGACACCAAGCGCCUCGACUCUUGGUCGGAUCAUUCAUCGACUUCUUCGCACGCUUGGUGCUGCUUGUCGCGCUGAUACCGCCAUCAUGAUCAGAACACCGUAUCUCAACUGGUAUGGAAGGGGUUUCAAGCUCAGAGCCAUGAUCACCGUCGCAUGUCAGAUGGCGUUCGUCCUGUUCGGUUACGAUCAGGGUGUGUUCAGUGGAAUUGUGGGAAAUCCAAACUUCCUCGAUACCUUCAAUCACCCGAGUCCAGCCCUCGAGGGCAUCAUCGUCUCCAUCUACAAUCUGGGAUGCUUCAGCGGUUGUAUCCUUACAUUCAUGUAUGCAGAGACCACUGGCAGGAAGUUGGCAAUGUGGAUCGCCAUGGUCUGGAUCAUUGUUGGCGCUGUCCUCCAAACUUCGGCCUACUCUGUGCCGCACAUCAUGAUCGCACGUUUCCUGACUGGCAUCGGGACAGGUAUCGAGACUUCGACCGUUCCCAUGUACCAGUCCGAGCUCUGCGAGGCGAACAAGCGCGGUCGCCUCGUCGCGUCAGAGCCACUCUUUGUUGGCGUCGGUAUUGUAAUUGCAUACUGGUUCGAUUACGGCAUGUCGUUCGUGCCUGGGUCUAUUGCAUGGCGCUUGCCGAUCGGUUGCCAGAUCAUCUUUGCAGUUAUCGUUAUCGUUCUUGUCUUUGGUCUUCCCGAAUCGCCUCGCUACUUGUAUAAGCACGGUAGACACGAAGAGGCUCUACAGAUUCUCUGCGAUGUGUACGACGGCACGCCCGAGGAUGCAAAGAUUGCAAAGGAGAACCGCGAGGUACUUGAGGCGCUUAAAGUCGAGGAAGAGACGGGCGAAUACAGAUGGUCACAGCUUCUCAAGCGCGAUAAGGUCCAAACUGGUCGUCGCGUGCUCCUCGCUUAUGGGGCCCAAUUCAUGAACCAGAUGGGAGGUAUCAACCUCGUCGUUUAUUACAUCACUUCCGUCCUACAAAUCAACGUCGGUCUUGACCGCAAUCUUUCUCUUCUACUCGGUGGAGUCAUCAACAUGAUGUUCUUCUUCGGCUCCUUAUACCCAACAUUCACACUCGACAAGACUGGGCGCCGCAAACCCAUGAUGUGGGGGUCUUUCGGCUGCGGCUUCAGCAUGCUGAUGAUUGCCGUCCUGCUGUCGUUCCAGGCCCGCGGCCAAGAAGACCCAAUCGCAAAAGCCACAGCCAGCGCGAGUGUAGCUUUCUUCUUCACCUAUAUGCUUUCAUUCGGCGCGACCAUGAACUGUAUCCCAUGGGUCAUAGUGCCUGAGAUUUUGCCCCUGCAUGUCCGCGCCAAAGGCACCGCAAUCGGCAUCUCAGCCAACUGGCUUUGGAAUUUUGUUGUAGUUAUGAUCACGCCAACGCUCCUCAAUUCGCUGGCCUGGAAGGGCUAUCUGAUCUUCAUGUGCUUGAACUUCAGUUUCAUCCCACUGGUGUACUUCUGCUACCCCGAGACGGCUAACCUCACGCUCGAGGAAGUUGACUGGUUGUUCUACGAAGGCGAUGUUGUAAAGAGGUCGAGGAGGGUUGCGAAGUUAGGGUGGGAGUCUGCUGAGGGCGUGCAACCGGAUGGCGGUGUGCUUGAAUCGGGGAGUGUGGGGAGUAGGCAUAGUGAGACUAAGGAAGUUGGGACUGAGAAGAGGGAGCAUGGUAGUUUGUAGGGCACGAUCGUGUGCUAUGUAAUCAAACACCCGUGGAUGGUUCACAUUAAGCCAGCUCUCACGUUGCAGAGUGAACGGCGGACUGAGGAUGUGAGCCAAGUACACCACCACACGAUAGCAAAGUAGGGAACAUUCAAAUGAACACUAUCAAAC